GCUUCUCUUCUCAACUGACAUUGGAGACCUUCCCUUUCGUCUCCAACCACUCCAUCGCCUCCUCUUCCCUCGUGUCUAGCAUAGUUGUGGUGGGCGGCUUCGUGAUUCUGUUCGACGAUUAGUUUAUCGUUAUUGUGCAACGCCCCUAUAUCUUCGAGGUCCUCUUCUUCUUUCGCUUUUUGUCUGGCCAGCAAGAUGUCGACUCUCGCCGUCCCUACUGCGAGUACUUGAGCGUUCCUCUUCAGAGUCCGCCUAACCAGAUAGACUUUUUGUCUCGUUGGGCGAAGCAAUUUCCGUAAUGGAGAAGCUGAACACUGAAGAUGGACAGCUCUUCAUAAAAAAUCUCGCUAGUUUUGUUCGUACACACGAAAAGGCCCUUGCAAACGCGCUGCAAUUAAAGCGCCAACCUACCAAAAAUGCGCAAUCCUCCCAUACCCAGUCGGGCUCGUCGAGCUCGGCUUCCUCCACUCUUGCAGCGGCCCUGUCCUUCGGGGCACUGAAAUUCACUUCGCAGAAUGUUAAACCUGCCAAACUCACCCUCACUCCCCAUCACCUGUUUUACCUCUUGUCCCGUUUUGAAGAACUUUCUAUUGCCGUCGGUCCCCUGAAUGUUAGGCUGGAGAAUAUUCACACGGAUGGAUCGCAGUCCUAUGUGUCAUUCCUGAAUAAGCCUCAGCGAUCCAGGGGUGACCGGGACUCUAUCCACUCCGUGUCCAGUGUCCGUAGCGUCAUGUCUGGUAUGAGUUCACUUUGGUCUUCAUUUGGUUUGGUUUCCAAAGACUCGGCUUCCAAAUCCGAGAAGGCCAAAGCAGCUCUAGAAGCGGAUACCAAAUACCUAUACUCUGCCUUUACCAAGAUCCCCUGCCUGCGUUUAGCCCCUGACCGCCGUGCCCGGUUGAUCCGUGGUUACGAAGAAUUUCCUUUUGACACUGCCGUUCCAUUGCAUUCCUUUAAGAAUUUGAGCGCGUUAGAGAUUAUUGAUAUAGACUAUCGCUCGUUCUUCGGCUGGGAUAGGCUGUCCGAGCAGUUGCGGACGCUGACAGUCAAGAGGGCUAAUAUCGAGGACCCAGCAGAAUUGCUCACGGGCAUUGUGCUGGAUGACAUUGACAAACGUCGGCGGCGUUCGUCAAAACAUCACCACUCACCCAUGAUGGGGUGGAGUGGGAAUGCAAACCCCCAGCCAGUCAACAAGUCCGAACUGUCUGGGUCGCUCUCUGCUCCCGGGUCGCCGGUUGCUGAUGCCCCCUUUGGAUCCAGCGCUAGCCCCCAAGCAGCUUCGAUGAUCAGAAUGGCAUCGGAGGGUUCCAAAGCUCGACCACGCACCGGAAGCAUUUCUCCCACACGUCCCACCAGCUCGAAACACUCGACUUACCGUCAUGGCCGUGGUACCGCCUCCCGGAUAAGACGCACUGGCUCAGGUAGUUCCAACUCCAGCGAAACCUCGGGUCACCGCAGCGCGAGCUCUUCCAAUCUACUCUCCGGUGUCUUGCCAGCACACAAGUGGCGGUUCUUGCGACACCUUGGCCUCCCUGACAACUCCUUGACCUCCAUCACUGCCGCCGGUCUUGCUCCAGUGGCCAAUACUCUGCAAUCGCUCGAUCUAUCGUCGAAUCUUUUCACCGAAGUACCCGACAGUCUCGCAUCCCUGGUUGCCUUGAGAGCUCUGAACCUAUCUCAUUGCAUGAUCGAAUCUCUCCACUCCUUGUCACGCAAUCCUCUUCCCGCCAUAACCGCACUCAACCUCCGCGGGAACCGUCUCCGUUCUCUCGCGGGAAUUGAGAGGCUGCUUUCGUUGGAACGGCUGGACCUCCGAGACAACAACCUUACGGAUCCUACUGAGAUUGCUAGGCUCACCAAUCUCCCUGAGAUACGGGAGAUCUGGGUUUCUGGCAACCCCUUUGUGAAAACACAUCCAAACUAUCGUGUUGUGAUUUUCAACUUGUUCCGACGCACCCCAGGUUACUCAGAGGACAUCAUCAUCGAUGGGUCGGGACCAGGAUACACCGAGCGGAAGCAACUGGUGGAGCGAGCUGCGGAACCCGAGGCUGCACCUGUCAUACGAUCCGCUGCGGCAGAUCUUUCUACCGUUGUCAGCAAGCCCCUGCACACAGUUCCUCAGGAGCCUUCGCUGCCUUACGAGCAAAUUGGACCAGUCGGACGAGUGGGCCAGAAUGGAAUCGAUGUUGGGUCUACUCGUCGAAAGAAGGGUACACGGCGGAAGAUUGCCGAUCGCCCAAAAGAUAAGCCUUCCGCUGAUGUUAAUCGUGAAUCAGGUGCGGUGGUGCCUUCUAUUCCUUCUGUUCAGCCUGUGCAAUUACCUGUUGAUCCGUUUGUCACGGCAACCCCCGACCGUCAAUGGAAAUCUGAUGGUGGACCUCAGGCCAGACCCGCAAGUUCCAAAAUCCCGGAAAGGACUGAGAUCAAACGCGAUUCAUCCGCUCUUCAGACCCAAGACCAACUUGGCCUCCAGCGUGCACUCCAGGGUAAAGACUGGAAUGUAGACGGAGAUUUCUACAAACGGCAACUAGAGGCUCUUAGGCAAGAACUUGGGAAUAGCUGGCUCAGGACGCUCGAGGAACACAGGUGGAAGGAUGUGCAGACGGACAUCAAUGUGUCUUGCACUGCAGCUGAUUAUACUGAUCCGACGAGGAUCCCAGUGGACCCCUUGACCAGGGUGAAUCCCCAGGUCAUCCUAAGCGGUGGCCAUGCCCUGAGUUGACUGCGUGGAAAGACUACAGUCGACAAGGGCAAAUGAAGAAAAAAAAUCAAAUGGAAAAAAAAGUUGAAAAAACAACGAAG